AUGCGAUCUACAUUUUCAGAUGUUGAGGCAAAAGCCAAAGAUCUGACCGACUGUGAAGAGUAUCAGCAACAGACUUCAAGACGAAGCAAGCGGAAUACAAAGUACGACCAUUUCACCGGCUCUACUACACUCGACAACUUUGUUGAAAAUCAAACACCUGGACAACGUUUUGAAAUUCAGGUGUUUAUUGUCAUUAUUGAUAACGUACUGUCUGCUUUAACUAAACGUAUGGAAGCAUAUCAUGAAAUUACUGGUGUUUUUGGAAUAUUUCGACAGCUAAAAUCCCUUACAACAGAAGAGAUUUUGGAAAACGCCUCACGUAUGGUCAGUGCUUACGAAGAUGAUUUGGAAAGUAGCCUAGGCGACGAAUUAGUGCAGUUCGCUGAACUGCUGAAAACAGAUGUGGCUACUGUUAUUGAUAGCAAGAAACAAGAGUCUCUGGAACUGCAAUUUUAUAAACUUUUAUUAAAUAAUUCCUUAGAAUCGUGUUUCCCAAACGUAGAAAUUGCCUUGCGCAUUUACUUGUCUCUCAUGAUCACUAACUGCAGUGGCGAACGUUCUUUUUCAACGUUAAAACGUAUUAAAAACGAGUUAAGAAACACGAUGGGCCAAGAACGUCUUAAUCACCUUACUUUGAUGAAUAUAGAGUAUAAUUUGCUUAAAGAAGUCGAUAGUGAAAGUGUUAUCUCUAAAUUUGCCCAUAUUAAAUGCAGAAAAGUUUAUUUGUAA